ACUCCCGGGGUACCCUCGCUGUUGCCAGGGACGAGCGGCUGCGGUUGCUAAGGACCGCGCAGAAGAGUCGCGUUUUUGUGACGUGGCGCCGAAGUCGAGUUCCCCUGGAGGAGCGUCGCGGGCGAUCGUCGUCGCUGAAAUGGCUGCCACGAUGCGGCUGCAAGGAGCUGCAAACGUGAAGAUAACGGAGGGGCUGAUCGCCGUGCUGCAGAGAGACCGGCCGGAGCGCUUACCGGCCGUGCUGGCGAGUUACCGGGAGCACGGCCUCGUCUCCUCACAGAGUGAAUCUGCAUUAGGAGGUCUGAUCGUGCAGGGGUCAGGGUCUGUGGGUGUCUGUGUGUGCAGGUUUUCAGGUCUCUGUCUGCUGGCUGUGCUGGUCAGCGAUGGUUCCACUGAUCUCUUUCAGCAGCACUGCCUGCCCUGGCUUCGAUCGCUGGAGCAGACCAUUCAGUCCCAGGACCCCUUGCCCACGGUGGAGCUGGCUGUCUGUGUGCUCCGGGACCUGCUCCAGUAUUCUUCCCAGCUGCCAGAGCUGGCCAGGGAGAUCGGGCUCAACUCCAUCCCGGGGAUCCUCACCUCCCUGCUAGGCCUCAAACCAGAGUGUCACCUAGCGGCCAUGGAAGGUAUGAGAGCCUGCAUGAGUUUCUACCCAACAGCCUGUGGAUCAUUGAGGGGGAAGCUAGGAGCUUACUUCCUAUCGAAGCUGGACUCUGACAGCCCCAAACUGCAAGAGAUGGCCUGUUCCUGCUAUGCUCUGCUCCCGUCUCUGGGGUCAGGGUUCACGCAGGGGUCGAGGGGUCACACAGAGGCCUGGACUCAGCAGCUUCACUGCCUCCUCCACACGGCGCACAGCAUUCUAGGACAGCUGUACGAGGGAGCCGAGACGGACCCAGUGCAGUACGAGGGUCCGGGGGGCGAGCUGCCCUUUCCCUCUCUCAGUGAGAGAGACCCCCUGCUGGUGCUGCAGCUGAGACAGCGUUACAGUGGAGUGAGCCAGACCCUGUCUGCACUGCUGAGCUCAGAUGUGUCUGUCCCAGUGCGUCUCCCAGUGCAGAGUGUGCUGAACCUGGUGUGCCGGGCGCUGGCUGUGACCCCCAAAAACAUUGGCUGGCUGGGGGACGGGCCUCUCAAAGCGCUGGUUCUGCCGAGUGUGCACUCACACUCCCUGCACAUCCUGAGUGCACUCAUUCACACUGCUGGGGCCCGGCUGGUUCAGUUCUCCAGUGCUCUCUGUCGCCUCUUUGCUCAAACCCUCAGUGCCUGGAGUCCAGCCUGUGACACUACCCUGCCCGGCCAGCAGAGGGUGUAUAGUGCUGUGCGAGUGCAGCUGUACAACACUUUGGAAUUGUGGGUGAAGGUGGGCGGGGCCUCUUCGGGCGUGCUGCAGGGGACCUAUCACCACGCCGACGUGCUAUUGGCUCACCUAAUUGGUGACAUCACUACAGGGGCCGACACGGUCAAGCUGCGUGCUGGGAGGAGCUCCCCGGAGCUGGCGGUGCAUGCUGGGAAGGCGGGGGGGCGGCGCUCAAAGGGGGCGGAUCUCAGCGAGGUGGGGAUGCAGCUGCAGAGGAAACAUGACGCUGGAGCCAAUCAAGACACAGCGCUGUCCGCCGUAACGGCUCUCAGUCACAUUGUCCUGACCAGCGGGACUCUGCUAAAGGAGGAGAUUCACAAGAAGCUGCAGGAGCUGCUGAUUCCGUUGCUGGUUCGUUUGCAACAGGAGGGGUUUAUGAGAGGUCUGGGGGGUCAGCUGACCAGCCCCUACAGCAGCCCCCCCGCCCGGCAGGCACUGUACCACCUCCUCCUCUCGCUAGUCCUCGCGCCCAGCCCCCAGCACCCCCCCCCACUGCACUGCGGGGUGCGGCUCUUCAGCCAGGGCCUGGGGGACCCCAGCGUGGAGGUCUCCUCAUUCUGCCGUGAUUCCCUCACAGUGUGUAACUCUCUCCUGCACCCUCGCUCCCCCUCCCUCUCCCUCCCGGACCCCCUGCCCCAAACUCAGUCCCUGCGCUCACAGACGGGGGUCCCGUUCCCCUCUGCUCGCGCCCGGACCCUGCCCUCGCUGCUACCCCAGAAUCACCUGCCCUCCGAGCCCCUGCCGGGGGAGGGGGAGGCGGGGGGCGAGGGGGGCAGGAGGCCGGUGUUCGUUCGCUAUGAUAAAGAGGACCCAGAAGAUGUGGAGAUCUCUCUGGAGAGUGACUCUGAUGACAGUGUUGUAAUCAUGCCAGAGGGACUGCCGGGCCAGAACCCCAAGCCAGCGGCACCUGCACCAGCAGUUCAGAUCCAGAGACCACAGGCUGGCAGGAGGACUGGCCACCAGCCCCAGCCCGUCCUGGAGCCAGGAGCCAGUCCGAAAAGCAGCCAGGCUGGGAGUAACAGGACUGGGAGCUGCAGCACUGCUGGGAAUGAUACUGACAGCAACAUCACAGCAGCGGCGGCAAGCUCUCCCGGGGAGGGGGGGGCUCCUGUCGUCACGACAGUGACGAGCGAGCCCCCCCCUCUGCCCCCCCUCAGCGUGGUGGGAGGAGCUGGGGCAGCAGCGAUGGGGCAAGUGGCAGUGGAGUCACACCAGCAGUUACAAUUGCAGCAAAAUCUACCCCAGCAAAACUCCCAGAGCCAACAACAGGAUGCUGUGAUCAAUAUCAACAGCUCGGACGAGGAAGAGGACGAAGAUCUGGAGGAGGAAGAGGAGGAUCCCGAAGGGGAGGGGUAUUACGAGGAAGACGAGGACGAAGAAGAAUACGAUGAUGAGGAAGAAGACUACGAGGAGGAGGGGAUGAUGGAGGAGGAGGAGGAGGGGAUGAUGGAGGAGGAGGAGGGGGAGAUGUUGGAUGAGGACGAAGAGGAGGGAGAGUUUGAUGCGUUGGAUGAUGAUGAAGAUGAUGACAUUAUUGAUGAAGAUGAGAUGGGGGAGGGGGUGUGUUUGGGGGUCCCGGGGGCUGUAGCGGUGUUCGCGCUGGAAAGGAUAGAGGAGGAUGAGGAGGAGGAGGAGAGAGGGGACAAAGGGGGGCCGACCGCCCUAGAGGAAGGCAAAGGGGAUGUGAUGUCAUCGCAACAGGAGGGCCAGGGCAAGCAGGAAGCUCUCGCAAAGGUACGAGAGGAGGCGGAGGGACAGGGAGAGGAGGUGCCAGAGCAGGAAGGGGCGGGGCCGGAGCAGCAGGAAGUGCUGGUGAUGUCGCAGGGUGAGGUCGAGGAGAACCAGGAAGUGAUCGCGGCGGUCUCUCAGAUCCAGUUAGAGACUCCGCCCCAGGAAGUGGAAAUGGGGCAGGAAGGGGAGGGUCCAGGGCAGCUACAGGAAGAGGAAGGGGCUGCAGGAAAGCUUCCAGAGAAAGUGGAAACGCCAAGAGAGGAAGUCAGCCUUCCGAGAGAAGGGGAUGAGAAAGGAGGAGUGGAGAUGGAGGGAGGAGAGGUGAUCGAGCCCGAGAGGGAUUUGGAAGAGAGAGGGAUGAAGAGGAAGAGAGAAGAGGCAGCGCCAGCAGAGGAGGAGGGGAGUCUUGAGAAAAAGCCCGAUUCAGACAGCACUGCAGUGAUGAUGGCUGCCUUUGUUGAUAUCUCCCCGGAGGAGGAGGAGGAAGAAUGCACGGAGCUCAGUCUGCACUCUUAGAAACCCGGGACCAGAGAACAGCGCCGGGCCUGGACUGCACUGCACCCAACAGAACAGAACAGAACCUGACUUUUUUUUUUUUACUAUUGCAGAGUUAGAAACU